UUGUUAUACAGCUGUUAAUAGUCGUGAACGGUUAGUUAGCAGUUUUAGCUAAGGUAGUAUAUAUAGUAGAUAGAGUAAUUAGAAUUUUGAGUUUUUGCUCUUGUAAGUCUCAUUUUCUUGCUUAGUCAGAAGUAAUUUGCUUUUAACCUAGGCCUUUCUUCUACAAACUUUCCUCUGUUCUUGAACCUUCUUUCUCUCUGAACUAACAUUUCCACAUGGUGCGGUGAGCGUGGAAGAGAGAAAGAAGGAAUCAACAGCGAAAAUUAGAAGGAGCAUUGAGCAGAACCAGAAUCCUUGAAGAUUCAAACCAUGGAUGGCAACUCAGCAUCCUCAGGCAACUCAGUAUCGUCAUUUUCGCCAAUCGACGUUCAAAUGCUCGCGAAUCUGGUGAAUCAGAUCAAUAUCUUGCAAAGUCAUAACAGAACAGCGAUGAAUCCAUCUCUGGAUCCUACAAGUCCGUAUUUUCUUCAUCCUGGAGAAAGUCCAGGUACACCAUUAAUCUCUAUGAUUCUUGGAACGAACAACUAUCAUCUUUGAGAAAGUACGAUGUGGCGUGCGUUGAGAUCGAAGAACAAAGUAAAAUUCAUAGAUGGCUCAAUUGAGAAACUAGAAAGUAGUGAUUCUUUGUUUGAAGCGUGGGAAAGAUGCAAUACCUAUGUGAUUUCGUGGAUAAGCCUAUCUUUGAGUUCAGAAAUUGCUCAAAGUGUGCUAUGGAUCAAUUCAGCCAUGGAACUUUGGAAGGAACUACAACACAGGUAUCAACAAGGUGAUAUCUUCAGAAUUGCCGAGUUAGAAGAAGAGUUAUUCGCUGUGAAGCAAGGUGAUCUCUCGAUUACGAAAUACUACACGAAAUUGAAAAGAAUUUGGGAAGAAUUGGAUAACUUUCGCCCAAUCCCUCAGUGCUCUCACUGUAGAGGAAGAUGCAAUUGUGAAUACAACGUGGUUAGAGGAUACAAAGAGGAUUCUUGUGUCGUGAGGCUCCUAAGGGGGCUGAAUGAACAAUUCUCCAUUGCGAGAUCGCAGCUCAUGAUGACAAAGCCACUGCCAGGUCUAGAUGAAGCCUUUUCUUUGUUGCUGCAACAAGAAAGGCAACUGAACGCGGGUGAGAUGGUAGAAGACAGAAUUUUAAUGGCAAAUUCUGGAGUUUUUAGAGGAAGAGGCAGAGGCAGAUUAGGAAUUGGAACAGGAAAUUCUGGAAGAGGUGGAAGAAACUCAAGGUACUGCACAUUCUGUGGAAAGAAUGGUCAUUUGGUGGAUGUUUGUUAUAGGAAACAUGGAUUUCCCCCACACUUGAAAAAUGGAGGCAGUGGAAAUACAAUCAAUAAUGUGAUAGCUGAUGAGAACAGUGAUGAAAUCAGCAACGAAAUCCAAAAGGAUAGUGAAACAAAUUCGAAGUUUGAUUUUAAUUCAGAACAGAGAGAAGCACCAAGUGUCUGUUUGAACCAACAGGAUGCACAACCAAGGCAUAGCAUUAACCAGAUCUAUACCACAACUCUUCCCUCCAGUUAAGCAGCACAUGUGAUUCAUUUGAUUAAUAGGAUUCCAAGUGCAUUGCUGAAAAAUACUUCACCUUAUCAAAUUUUAAAAGGAAAGUUACCAGACUUGGGUUAUUUGAAGGUCUUUGGGUGCUUGGUUUAUGCCUCAACGCUGAACGCUCACAGAUCCAAAUUGGAUGGAAGAGCAAAGAAGUGUGUGUUUCUAGGAUAUCAAAGUGGAGUUAAGGGUUACAUCUUGUAUGAUUUAAAUGAAAGGAAUAUAUUCUUAUCUAGAGACACAUACUUCUAUGAGCAUGAAUUUCCCUUUCUAUCAUAUUUCAACAAUGGCAAUAACCAAGUAUCUGACACUAAGACACUAACUCAAAAACCAAGUAUCACGGUAAAUUUUGAGGAUCCAUUCAUUGAGCCCUCACAUACACCACAAGCCCCUUUAAACCACUCAAAUGGAACAUACUUGCAUUCAUCUAAUUCAUUCAAUGAUUCAUCACAUACAUCACAUGGCUCUUUAGUUCAUUCAACUUGACAAGACCUGCAUCUAUCAAGUUCUGUGGAACGACCAAAACACAAUUAUCCAUCAGCAUCUCAUGAAACCAUUGGAAAUGAUAGCUCGAUCAUAUACAAUGCACCAGCACAAACACAUCAACACCUAGACAUUAGACAAUCAAAUAGGACAAGGAGAAAACCAUCUUAUUUAGCAGACUAUCAUUGUAUGACCACUGCAUUGGAUACAAAUCACAACUACAUCAAUAAUCUUCAAUUCAAUCUUGGAAUUUUACAAGAAUUUUAUCCUGAAGUUUUUGAAAAUUUUUUGAAAAGGGUCAACUAUUCUCUUUUGUGAGUCACAGCCUCAAUUUCAUAAUAUACAAAUUCAUCACUCUACAAAUCCUCUAUUGCCAAAUCCCAUUAAAGAACCACAAUGCUAUGUUGAGGCCAUCAGUGAUCCGUGUUGGCAAGCGGCAAUUGAGGCUGAACUCUCUGCAUUGAAAGAAAAUAAGACUUGGACUUUGACUUCUCUACCUAAUGGAAAGAAGGCGGUAGGCUGCAAAUGGGUGUUCAAGCU